CAGUCUGUCUUUGGUACUGGGCUAGGAGAAGAAGAGCGGAGAGCAGAGCAAGGGUCCCUCAACAUGGGACCCCCACAGCUCUGGCUGCUCCUGCUGCUGAGCAGUGGUGCUUUGACACAAAAUGAUGGGCCUGGAAAUGCAAAUCCAAUUUGUACAAGAGACGCCACCAGAUAUAAGCACCUCAGAAAAUAUGUCUAUAACUAUGAAGUAGAAACUGCCAGUGGGGUGACAGGGACAGCGGAUUCACACAGUGGCGUCAAAUUGAAAUGCAAGGUUGAGCUGGAAGUCCCACAAAUCUGCCAUUUCAACCUAAAGACAAGCGAGUGUACCCUCCGAGACGUGGUCGGUAUUGACCCUCAGCGAAAACCUUUGUUAAAGGAAUCAAAGAACUCUGAUGAGUUUGCUGCUGCCAUGUCCCAGUUUGAACUAAAAUUCAAUAUUCAGGAUGGGAACAAUGUCCAGCUGUAUCCUGAGGACAAUGAGCCUACGCACAUUCUCAACAUCAAGAGGGGCAUUAUCUCUGCUCUUUUGGUGCCAAUGGAGACAGGCAGUGCCCAAACGCUCUCUAUGGAUACUGUGUAUGGAAAAUGUGACAGCAACAUUGAAGUAAACAACCGGAAAAGCAACCCUGCCACUGCAGCAGACAUUGUAAUCAGCAGGAACCUGGAAAACUGUGAAAACUUCAACCCCAUCAGAGAUUAUGUCAGCCCAAUUGCCCUCAUUAAAGGCUUGAACUUGCCAUUAUCCAGCCUGAUAAGCAGCAACCAGGAUUGUCAGUACACCAUCGACACAAAGAGAAAGCAUGUAUCUGGAGCCAUCUGCACUGAGAAACAUUUAUUCCUGCCUUUCUCAUACAAAAAUGAGUAUGGCAUGAUGUCCAAAGUCACUCAAACUCUGAAACUUGAAGAAACACUCAAAAUCAACAACAGAAAUAUUGAUGUCAACGGCCUGGUCAAGAGAGGACUGUCCUUAGAAGGUGUUGAGAGCAAGUCUUCCAGGCACGGCAACGCUGUUCUGAAACUCCUUCAGGAAUUGCAGAAACUGUCAACCUCCGAGCAGAACCAGAAAAGAGCUAGUCUCUUCCACAGAUUCGUCACUGGCCUGAGAGGCUUGCACAACGCCACUCUGAGCACUCUGGUGCCAAAGAUGAUAGAAACUUCCAGUUCCAUCACAGUGCAGGCUCUGACUCAGUGUGGUACCCCAGAGUGCUUUGGGGCUAUCCUGCAAAUCCUGAGGACUGGAAAUGUGGAUCCAAUUGUGGCCGAUGCCGUUACCUACAGCUUGGGACUGCUGCCUUCUCCUUGUACCAAAAGGAUACGGGAAAUCCUUAAUAUGGCCCAGUAUUACCAAAGCCGUGCUUCUUUUUAUGCCUUGAGCCAUGCAGUCAAUAGAUUCUACCAAGACAAAGGAACCAUGACUGCAGAAAUAAAAGAUGUUGCAAAUUUUAUGACAUCACUGAUCAACGACGAUUGCUCUGGGCGUGACGAACUCACUUACCUGACCCUGAGGACCAUUGGCAAUAUGGGGAAAGUGAUGGAAGAUGCCAAUCCCCAAGUGAAACAGUCUCUAAAAACCUGUAUUAGAAGCAACGCAGCCUCACCUGAAGUCCAGAAAACAGCUAUUCAGGCACUGAGAAAAAUGACUAUUACUGAUGAGGACCAGGGGAUCCUUGUCAGGGUUUUCCAGGAGACCUCCUCUCCAGUUGAAAAACGUCUGGCUGCUUAUCUCAUGCUGAUGAGAAAUCCUUCCCCAUCUGACGUUUCCAAGGUAGUUAAAGGUCUUACGAGGGACAAGAAUGAACAAGUAAAAAGCUAUGUAGCCUCACACAUUGCCAACAUCUUAGACUCUGAAGACCCUUCGACUGAACUGCUUAAAAACAAGAUCCAAGAGGCUCUUAAAGGAGAACAGGUCCCAACAGUCAAAGACUUCCGAAGAUUUUCACGAAAUUAUCAGGUUUCCCUGACGAUGCCGUGGUCCGGAGAUCCUCUUUCAGGAAAAUUGGAAGGAAAUCUACUCUUUGAUCCAAAUAGCUAUGUGCCUAAGGAAUCCAUGCUAAAAACCACACUGCAGUUGUUUGGAGUGAAGCCUGUGGAUGUGUUUGAGAUCGGCUUGGACGGGAAAAGCUUCGAGCCCACACUGGAAGCCUUGUUUGGACCCAACGGAUUUUUCCCUGACAGCGCCACCAGAGCUUUGUACUGGGUUGACGGCAAGGUACCACGGCAGGUUUCCCAAGCGCUCGGCGACCACUUCGGAUACACCAACAAUGGAAGGCAGGAAGAGGAUUUUCUGAAUGGGAUCAUGCUUAAUUUAGAGAAAGUGGUUAAAGAAAUCAACAGCAAAGAAACCCCUGAGGCCAGCGCCUACAUCAAAAUCUUCGAGCAGGAGCUGGGCUACUUGAAACUCAGUGAUGUUAAGCUAAUGGGAAGCCUGAUUGUGAAGAGCCUUAAGACCAUGCAGAUGGUGCCUGAGAAGAUUGUCCAGGCCAUCUCAACAGGGACUGGGAAUGACUUCUUUCUUCACUACAUCUUUAUGGACAAUGAAUUUGAGCUGCCAACAGGUGCAGGACUGCAGCUACAAGUUGCUUUAUCUGGAGUAGCCACUCCCGGAGCAAAGGCUGGAAUGAAAUUUUCAAAGAGGACUAUGCAAGCAGAAUUGGUUGCUAAACCCUCGGUUGCAGUUGAAUUUGUAACACACGUAGGAGUGAACAUCCCUGAGUUUUCUAGAACUGCUGUACAGAUGCACACCAAUAUAUACCAUGAGUCUGGAAUUGAAGCCCAAAUUACAGUAGGAGCUGGAAAGCUGAAGCUCAUCAUUCCUGCACCAAAGACCCAAACCAAGCUUUUGAGCAUCAGCAACCUUUUGUACUUGGUCACCCCAACCCGCACUGAAGUGAUCCCCCCUCUGAUUGAGAACCGAGAGUCCCAGAUAUCUUGCACAUCUGUUUUUGCUGGUCUGAACUUAUGUUCCAAACUGGAAUACUCAAAUGCCAGUGCCACACAGGAAGCACCUUAUUAUCCACUCACUGGGGAAACCAGGUAUGACAUUGAACUACAGCCAACGGGGGAAGUAAAGGAAUAUACUGCAAGUGCUAAUUAUGAACUAAAGAAAGAGGAAGCAGAUUUGGUAGACACCUUGAAGUUCACUGCUCAAGCUGAAGGUGUAAGACAAUGUGAAGGCACACUGACUUUCACGUACAAUCGAGGCAAAAAGAUUUUUACCAGCGACUUCCAGAUUCCCCAUUUCAACAUUGAUUUGGGUACCAACCUCAGAAUGACUGAUUACUCUACUCAGGAAAGAAGAGCGUACGGCUUUAUUUUAGACAUCAACAACAAGAAAAUUCCUGAAGUGACUCUUACAGGACGCCUCGGAUACAUUGCUGGGAGGGAGACGUCUAUGGAAACUUCAAUCUCUAUUCCUCGCUUGCAGAGUCAAGCAAAAACAGAUUUUUCACUACUACGGACGGGUAAUGGAAUAGAAUUUCAGAUUGACUCCUCAGGCACAAGUCAUGGUUCCUCGAUUUCAGAAAGGAUUGUCUUGAGAUAUGAUGAUGAGAAAGUUGAAGUGCAGUGGAAUUCAGGCACUAGCGCCGCCCUGAAGAAAAUGGCAUCCACCAUGCCCAUAGACAUUGUGGGUUAUUCAAAAGGUUUGCAGAAAAGCGCCGACGAGCUGCUGGACCACAAAGUAGCCAACACAGAUAUGACGCUCCGGCAUAUUGUUUCACAUUUCAUAGCCGCGACCAAUACCUGGCUACAGCAGACAUCCAAGGAUAUUCCUUAUGCCCAAACUCUACAGAAUAAAUUAAGUGGACUUCAGGAGCUAAAUUUUGAGAGCAUGGAUCUUAUCGGCAUUCCCGAGGAGUUUUUCUUACGAAGCGAUGGCCAGAUUAAGUACAUUUGGAACAAGGAGAGAACUGUUUUUACCAUCCCAUUACCCUUUGGUGGUAGAUCAUCCUAUGACAUAAGAGUUCCCAACACUGUAAGAACACCUCCAUUGGUAAUGCAAUCCUUGGGAGUAAACAUGCCCUCACAAGAGUACAGGCUUCCACCGUUCACCAUCCCAGAGUCCUACACGCUUCAGUUCCCAUUGCUGGGCACUUUUGAGAUCUCUUCCAACGUGUACAGCAAUUACUACAAUUGGUCGGGAUCCUACUCCUUGGCUAAUACUUCAAAGGAUGCCUACAGCCUGAGGACAAACUACUUCAUGAAAGCUGAUUCUGUUUUGGACCUACUGUCAUAUACCGUACGAGGUCAGGGAGGAGCAAGUUUUGAUCAAAAUGACUUCACCUGUGAUUACGAAAACACACUGCAACAUGGGCUCUUCGACUCGUAUUUUCAGUUCAGCAAGGAAAAAUUUGGCGGCAGUCCCACUAGUAGAAGUGCUCUUACAUUUAAGGCUUCCAGCCUCCUGGGUGCUCAGUUUUCUCUGUCUGUCCAGGAAAAUUCCGAAGACAGCAACAAUGUGUUGGUUGCAAAUCUAGACCUGGUUGGACAACUAAAUGUCGCUUCAGACUUUGCUAAAACCACAUAUAGGCGGUCAGUCACCUAUGAUGCAAGCAAGCUCGUGUCGACGGGGACAUCAGAUCUGGAGUUUGACUCUUCCUUCCUUCAGGCUACUAACAAGAUUACUGGCAGAUAUACUGAAGAUGCAUGGAUAAUCACAUCCAUCUCAAAUGUACAGAAUGGCUUUCUGACGAACACCGCUUCCUUGAACUACCAAAAAAGCCAGCUGAAGUUGUCAUCUGAGACCGUUGGAAGGCACAUGAACUUUCUCAAUAAGUUUGACUUAACUGUGGACCAGCAAGGGGCUGCACUUCGUUCCGACUAUCAGGCUAGUUACCUAGAAAACCAAUACUAUGCUCUGGUUUCGGGCUCUGCUAACAACCGAGGCGCGGAAUUGAUUAGCCAUGUGUCGGUGAGCGGUAAAAGAAACAAAGCAGAACACAAGUCCACCUUAAGUAUUAACCAGGAUGGUCUGGCCAGCAGUGCAACAACAAAACUGCAGUUCCAUCUACUGACACUGGAGAAUGAAAUGAAUGGCCACAUUGGCAUCUCCGGAGCCUCAGCCAAGAUUAAUACUAAUGGACGUUACGGGAAACACAAUGCAAAAUUUGACUUGGAUGGAAAAGUGGCUCUCACAGAAAUAAUGCUUGUAAGCGUAUAUCAAGGCAGCAUUUCUGACGCAGACAGCACAAACACCUUAAACUUCAGAGUGAAUAAAGGAGGGCUCAAGUUUUCAAAUAGCUUGAUAGGGUCAUACAGAGAAAUGAAGCUGGAACAAACUCAUGACCUGAACAUUGUCGGCUUGUCCCUGACUUACGCUUCAAAUUUAGAUCACACCAUCAGCCUGGACAAGUCCCACAAACACCAUCUGGACUUCCAGCUGCAGCCCUAUUCUCUCACAGCCAACAUGAACAAUGACUUCAAAUACAGCACUGCCAAUGUAAACAACAAAGCCCGGUUGCAACUUGAGCCUCUGAAGGUAAAUCUGGAUGGCAACAUGAAAGGGGCUUAUAACGGCGAUGAGGUGAAGCAUACCUACACCUUCACCUAUGCAGAUCUGCAGACGCAUUUGAAGACAGACACAGUUGCAAAUAUUCAAGGUGCAUCCCUAACCCACAGAGUUAAUCUGAACAUUGCUGGACUCUCCUCUACAGUCACCGUCAACACAAAUGGUGACUCAAGAUUCUUAACUUUUUCUAAUGAACUGCGAUCUGUUGCAGCCCCUUUUAGUGUGACUGCUGAGAUGCGUACAAAUGCUGAUGGCAGACUCUUGGUCUUGGGAGAGCAGUCAGGGCGGCUGUACAACAAAUUCCUGCUACACAUGGAGCCCGUUGCUUUCACGUUUUCCCAUGAUUAUCAGGGAUCCACUGCCCACAAACUAAACUCUGGGAAAACACACAAGUCAUCACUUAAUAACAAAGCCACUAUCCUUUUUACUCCGUCUGAACAAAAAUCUAGCUGGAUAAUGAAGGCUGAACUGAACAAUAAUGUGUACAAUCAAGAACUUAGUGCUUUUAAUGAUGCUAAAACAAUUGGUGUGAAGCUGAGUGGACAAACUUUAGCAGACCUUUCCGUACUGGACUUCCCGAUAAAUCUACCAUUCACAGACACCAAACGAAUCAAUCUAAUAGAUACAUUUGAUUUAAGGGAAAAUAUAGCCCAGCCUCAAGAGUUUAGUCUCUCGCUUUCUGUGACCUAUGAUAAGAACGAGGAUGUGCAUGUCAUCAGUCUACCCAUCUUGGAGAAGCUACCAGCUUACUAUGAGCAAAUCCGGCAGUCCGUUUUAGCAGCACUGAAGUCUAUUCAGAGGAACCUGAGGAGUGUAAAUAUAGAUCAGUUUGUGAGAAAAUACAGAGCAACAUUAGAUAAGCUCCCCCAACAGGUGAAUGACUAUGUGAACACUUUCAAUUUGGAAAGUAAAGUGAACAACCUAAAAGAGAAAAUUGAUGUUUUUAUAAAGGACUAUAGCAUAACAGUGGAUGACCUUCAAAUUGCUUUGGAAAAUGCCAAAACAAACCUUCAAGAAGCUUUCUCCAAGCUGCAAAUGUUCCUGCUAGAAGUUGAAAAGUAUAUCACAGAGAGCUAUGACUUGAGGGCAGCUAUUGUACAACUUAUUGAGCAAAUUGUUGAAAAAAUGAAAGUGAUAGACAGGCAAUACAAAAUCAGUGCACAAAUGAUUGACACUAUUCAACAACUACAAUCUGUUAUCUCUCAGUAUGAUUCUGGCCAGAUAAGAAGUAGUGCUGCAGCUUGGGCACAAAAUAUAGAAGCUAAGUAUAAAAUUAAAGCUCAGGUGCAAGAAAAAUUAGAAAAAUUGAAAACCCAGAUUCAGAGUAUAGAUGUCCAACAUAUUGCAGAGAGUUUGAAGCAGCAGGUGGAAGCAAUUGACUUCAGAACACUUAUGAAAAAGCUGGAAGCAUCCUUUCCACUUCAAAAAAUUAAUCAAAUCCUUGAACAAAUUAAAGAUAUUCUUCUAAAUUUCAUGGAGGACUAUGAAGUGUCUGAGAAGAUCAAUGUCAUCCGAGCCAAAAUGCAUGAAAUUAUUGUAUACUCCAACCUUGAUCAGCAUGCCAAAGUUCUAAUGGACAAGAUGAUAGAGCUGUCUAAUCAACAGAAAAUUGGAGAAACGUUCCAGAAUUUAACCAUCUCACUGAGAAAAAUUGACAUAAAAUCAUUCUUUAGUCAAGUUGUGGAAUUCAUUGAUGAUGCUGUUAAGCAGCUCCAAACAUUUGAUUUCAAAAAUCUGGUAGAAGAAAUCAACAAUUUUCUUGAUACUGUUAUAAAGAAGCUGAAGACCUUUGAUUACAACAAGUUUGUAGAUGAAACAAACAAUAAAAUUCGGGAAGCAACACAGAAAAUCAAUGAUGAAAUCAGAGCCUUAGGACUACCCGAGAAAAUGGAAGCGGCAAAGCAAUACAUCAAAGAGGUAAAUGCUGUGGUUUCUCAAUCCAUCAAGAAAUUAAAAGAUACUAGACUUGCUGUAAUAAUUGACUGGUUGAACAAUCUCCUACACUCCACAGCAAUGACUGAACUGAGAAUUAAGAUGCGUGAUUAUCUAGGAGAUGCACGUGAAAUAAUUUAUCGAAUGGACAUCCCAAGAGAAUGCCAGAGACAUCUGGAGAGGGCAAGCCAGUUGUACAAUACCAUAAUCACCUAUCUAGUUGAUCAGUGGAACAUUGCCUCAAAGAAGAUAUCUCUUUUAGCUGAAGAAUACAAUGUAAAAAACAUGGCCGACAGUUUGAACCAGUUUGUUGAAACUGGUUUUCAAGUUCCUGAAAUCAACACAGGCAUAAUCAACACACCUGCUUUUGAAGUCAGCCUGCGGGCCCUACGGGAAGCAACAUUUCAAACUCCAUCUUUUAUUAUUCCAUUUACCGACCUGCGUGUCCCUUCUUCUCAGGUAAAUCUCAAGAAAUUAAAUGAAAUCAGAAUUCCACACAGCUUUACUACUCCUGAGUUUACCAUUGUAAACACCUUUAAGGUUCCCUCCUUUACAAUUGAUUUUAAUGAGAUCAAAUUGAGGAUUUUGAAGACAAUAGAUCAAAUAAUGACAAGUGACUUUCAACUGCCAGCAGCUGGUGUGUAUUUCCAAGACCUAAGGAUGCAAGAUAUGGCUUGGUCUGACUUUUCCUUCCCAGAAAUGAAUUUGCCAGAGCUACAAAUACCUGAAUUAUUGAUCCCAAAGCUCAAUUUGAAUGAAUUCCAAUUCGAAGGUAUCAAUAUGCCAGAAUUCCAGCUGCCACGUAUUCCAGACUCUGUGACUGUUCCUACAUUUGGAAAACUGUCUGGGGCUUUCAGAAUUGCCUCUCCCCUCUUCACGCUGACUACUAAUGUUGAUUUUAAGAAUGAAACAGCUUCUGCCCUCAGCCCAGAAUUUGUGGCCUCUGUUUCAGCUGUAGCGACAUCAAAAAUAAACGUCUUAGCUUUUACUGUGACUGCUGAUACACACCUCUUGGCUCCUGAGAUGCAGCGGUUAGUCCUAAGAGAGACCCUGAAGUUCUCCCAUUUAUACCUCAAAGCUGAUCAUACAGGUGAAAUCAUAUUUUUGAGGGCUUCUGUUCAAGGUAAUGUCGAAACAACUGCAAGCUUCCGUACUACACGGAACGCUGUGGUCCUGCACAAUAGGUUAAUGGUCAAUGUGCAGAAGAAGAUUUCCAUGGAGAGCAAGACAACAUACACGCACAAGCUAAAUGUUCCAAAGGCCCAGUUCACCAGUCAAGCUGAAUUAAGCAAUGAAAUAAAAACAGCACUGGAAGCAGGACAUAUAGCAGUUACUUCCAUUGGCAAAGGAGACUGGAAAUGGGCUACUCGUGAUUACUCUGAUGAAGGGACCCACGCAUCAACUGUCAGUUUCAAUGUAGGGGGCUCCGUAGCUUCUCUUAUGGCAGAAAACAGGAUAAACGAUAAAUACUUGAAGGUCAACCAAAGACUGGAAUAUGAAUAUAAUUUGCCAAGUUCCGCAAGGCUUCAGGUUGAAUCUGCAAUUGAAUCUCCACUAGUGGGACGUAGUACCUUAAAUCUACAAGGGACAAUGAACCUUGCAGAGGUGAAAAUAAUACUACAGGGCACACAUAAUGCUAAGUUGAAUGGACGUAUCUCGGGCACAAUAAACAAUGAUGUGGCCUUCUUGGUACAGCCCUUUGAAAUUAAAACAUCGACAAAUAAUGAUGUGAAUGUAAAAGUUAGCUUCCCACUGAAAAUUGUUGGCAAAAUUGAGAUGAUGAAUAGCUAUGGCCUGGUGCUGAAUCCUUUCACUCAGGAAGUUAGCUGGAUAGCUGAGGGAAGAUUUAACCAAUACAAAUAUGCCCAUAAUAUGUCUGCUAGUAACAAUGUAAACAGCAUUGAAGCUUCUGUAUCCAUGAAUGGUGAUGCUAACUUGGACUUCCUGAACAUUCCUCUCUCAUUUCCUCAACAAUCGGUCCCCUACAUUGGCAUCAAGACACCCCAGCUGCAAGAAUACUCUCUGUGGGAGGAAACAGGGCUGAAGAAUUUACUGAAGACAACAAGGCAAUCAUUUGAUUUAAAUCUAAAAGCUCAGUACAAGAAGAACAAAGAUAGACACUCUUUUGAAAUUCCUUUAGAUGGAGUGCAUAGAGCACUCAACAACUACAUUGUGAUCUUCAACAGGCGUUUUGAAAGAGGGAGGGAUGCCACCUUAGCUUUCCUUACAGAGUCAUAUAACCAAGCCAAAAUUGAGUUUGACAAAUACAAAGUAGAUGCUUCUGUCAAACAAGCCCCACAGAUCUUCAGAAUUCCAGGAUACACCAUCCCAGUUGUCAACAUUGAGGUUUCUCCCUUUACAGCGGAACUCCCAGCUUUUGGCUAUGUGAUCCCCAAAGAAAUGAGCACCCCAACUUUCACAGUCCCACUUGUUGGAUUUUCAGUGCCAUCAUAUACAUUAGUCCUUCCAUCGUUGGAGCUACCAGUCCUUCAAGUUCCUCGAGGUCUGCGGACACUGAAGCUUCCCACCUAUCGAGCACAUAUGCCAUCAAACAGAAUCUAUAUUCCGGCACUGGGAAAUAUGACCUAUGACUUUUCAUUUAAAUCUAGUGUGAUUACCCUGAACACAAAUGCUGGAUUUUUUAACCAAUCUGAUAUCAUUGCUCGGUUGAGUUCAUCCUCCGCUUCUGUGAUUGAUGCCCUGCAGUAUAAAUUAGAUGGAACAUCCAGUCUCACAAGGAAGAGGGGUUUGAAGCUAGCAACUGCAUUAUCCCUGAACAAUAAAUUUAUAGAAGGAAAACAUGACAGUACUAUCAGUCUCACAAAGAGAAACAUGGACGCUUCAGUGACAACCACAGCAAAAAUCAAUGUGCCAGGCUUAAAAGUGAAUUUUGGGCAGGAACUUAAAGGAAAUUCUAAAUCAAAACCAAUCAUCUCUUCAGAUAUUAAUUUAAAUUAUGAUUUGGAUACUUAUGGUGCCAGUGCUAACGGAGCAAUUGUUAACAAGGUAUCUCUAGAAAGCAUUGUCUCUUACAUAUCUGUAGAUACUUCAACCAAAGGUUUCAUCAAUGGCGUAUUUCACAGAAGAAACCCAUUUUCUGGAAAGCUGAACCAUGAAGCCAAUGCCUACCUAAACGCUAAAGGUGCUCGGUCUUCAGUGAAAUUUGAAGCUAGUUCUAACAUAGAUAGAAUUGGGAAUUUUGGCGUGGCAGAAAAUGUUGCCAUUGAAGCUUCUACCCGUCGCCUUUAUGCAGUCUGGGAACACAGCGGAGAAAAUAAUUUACAUUAUCAUCCAAUUGUUGCAAGUAAAGGAAAUCAAAACUGCAAAGUAACUUUGGAGCUUGCUCCAGGUAGUCAGUCAGUUGUUCUUCAGAUACAAGCUGCCCAACCAAAUAAUUUCCUUGGUGAGACUUCAGUAAACCAUGCCCUUUUGCUUUCCUCCAAUAAUGGAAAUCAGAAAAUGGUUUGGAAGAGUGAAGGCCAAAUCCUUUCUCUAUUCAUUGGAAAUGACUUGGAGUUAGCAAAUGACAAAACAAAAAUUCAGUUUGACUUAUCAGGAUCUUUGGGAGGGCAUUUGUCUUUCCUCAAUGACCUUGUGCUGCCAGUUUAUGACAAGAGCCUAUGGGAUAUCUUGAAGUUGGAUAUCACCACUAAUGCUGAAGAGAGACAAUUCCUAAAUGCAUCAACAUCCAUAGUAUACAUGAAAAAUAAGGACGGGUACUUUAUCCCCUUAAAUGUGAACCAACUGGAAGAUGGAUUUAUAUUCACAAUUCCUGAAAUCGAACUGAAAGUACAAAAUCCUGUUACAACUCCAGAGUUUAGGGUCCCUUUUACAACUUUGCAAGUUCCAUCUUACACCUUUGACACACGUGAGAUCAAAGUCCCCGAAACAUUGGCCACAAUGCCAUUUGACAUCAGACUGCCUUCACUGCCAAACAUACAGUUUCCUCAACUAAAUAUAGUAACCAGCUACGUUAACGUGGAAGAAUAUAAAAUUCCCUACCUUGAGCUGACUGUACCUGAGUUUCUGUUAACUGUAUCCCAAUUUACUCUUCCAAAGACCCUUUCUUUCGGUGAAAUCACUGUGGAUCUCAAUGCUGUGGCCAAUAAGAUAGCUGACUUUGAUCUGCCUACAAUAACGAUUCCUGAGCAGCAGAUUGAAAUCCCAGCUUUUAACAUCUCUUUGCCUGCUGGAAUUUACUUCCCGAAAUUUGGAGCUUUGGCUGGUUCUUUCAAGGUCGCUUCCCCGUUGUACAGCACCACUUGGAAAACAGAUCUGAAGAACAACGAGGACUCUUUUGAACAUUCCAUUGAUUUUACUGCAAAUUCACCCCUGCAAUUUCUGGAGUAUGAUCUAGAUGGUAAGUCUACCUACAUCUAUGAAGAUGGCCACUUCACAGUAAAUACAGAAGGCUCCUUUGCCCAUCGCGACCUGAGUGCAAAGUUCAAAGACGAUUUUACUUUACAAAGAUACAGAAACUUUGAGCAAAUAGCAUCUCUGGACAUCACCAGCCCAACUUUCACUGAUGUACAAGUGCGUUUCCAUGGAGAUGGCUCAAAAGUUGUGACAUCAAUAUCUUCUUCUGCUGCUGGCACCCUUGGCUUUCUUAUCAAACUGGACCCCGAUAUUCUCAAGGGCAAGAUUUUCUACCGAACUCAGUCUAACCCUCAGAAAGAUGUCGAUGUCUUUAAAAGUGAGAUAUCAUUCAAAAAUCCUGAGCUGAUCCAAGUCAAAGCCAACUGGAAAGAGGAUGGUGCCAUGGACUUACUCAGAGGCUUAAAAGAAAAGGUGCCUAAAAUGGCCGACACUUUGUAUAAUGCUGUCAACAAGUACCACCAUGAGCAUACAGGGAUGGAGAUCAGAACUGCUACCAUAAAGCUGAAGGACAAAUUGAGAGACAAUGUGGACAAAACUUACAGAAACACUUUAGACAAUAUCAAUGAUCUGGAACAGCAACUUCAUGAAGUUACCAGUGACGCCACUCGGAAAUAUGAAAUUAUGAGGGGACAAGCCAAAAAGCUGUACAAUGAAGCUGCAGACCAAGCCAAUCAGUUUAACUAUGAUCAAAUCAGAGCUACGUUUUACGAUGCCACUAUGGAUAUAAUAGUAGGUUACCAUGAAAGGCUGAAGCAUCUUAUUGACUCUACCAUUAAAUUCUUGAAGGUAACAAGAUUCCAGGUGCCAGGAAUUGCUGAAAAACACACUGGUGAAGAACUUUAUAUGAUGGCCACUGAAAAGUUAGCAAAUGUUGCAGCGCUCUGCAUUAUAAGAGUGCAGGAAUAUUUUGAUGCUUUGAUUGUAUUUGUCAGUGAGCUAGAAGUUAAAAUUCCAGCUUCCAGCGAGAUCAUCAGAGGUAGUGCUAUACUGGAUGAAAUUAAAAUUUUUAUAACACAUGUACAAAAGAAAGUCAGUCAGAUAUUUGUUGGCCUCCAAGAGAUUGACUUUGCACAACACUUAAGAGAGCUAAAAGUAGUAGUUCAACAAGUCUUCCAAAAAGUGGAAGAGCUGAUUAGAAAUUUACAAGCCCAAAACUAUGAAUAUGUAAAAGACCAGGCUAAACAAUUGCUUACAAAGCUCUUACAAGCACUGAAGAGCUUAGCAGACGAUGCAAAACACUUGGCUCCCCGUGUUGAAAACCUCUUUCAAAAUGUUGUGCAGAGUAGUUCCAGGAAGCUAGAAGAAUUUCAGCAAACUGUGAAAGAUCUGCGGCAGGAAUAUUUUGACCCAAGCAUAGUUGGGUGGUCCGUCAAAUAUUAUGAAGUGGAAGAGAAGAUGCUAGAGUGGCUGAAGAGCUUUGUCAAUGCUGUAAUAGAAUGGCACACCCAAUAUGUUAAUGCUGCUUCUGAUGCGGCUGUACAUCUGACAGGAAAAAUCCUUGGAUUUGUGGGGGACCAUGGAGAAGUCACAGAGUACUCUAAAAUGGCUCAUGAAAAGAUCCAGCAAUGGUCUGAAGCUGUUAAGAAGAGUGCUGCUGAACAAAAGAAGCAGGUCAACGCUAAGCUACAGGAGGCAAAUGAAUACCUUUUAAGUUCCUACGCAAGGCUCAUCACAGAGACCAAAAAAUUGAUUGACCUGACAAUAGAAAAUUAUACUGCAUUCCUCCAGUAUCUGCAAGAGCUUCUUGAUGGGCUUGAGAAAGCAACAGCAGAUACCCUGAGGCCCUACGUGGUUGUUCGCCAAGGAGAGCUCAGAAUAGACAUACCAAAACCAUUUGACUUGCCAUCUAUUAACUCCAUUUAUCAAAUGCCCCAGUCAAGUGAGGAAGAACUCCAAAAGAAUGAACUGAUUCAGCAAGGCAUUGAUCAGACCUCCAAGAAGUGGGAAGAGCUACAGAGUUUUAUUGUUCAGCGGAUUUGUGCCGGUCAACUGAUCAUGUAACACAGCGGUCAAAAUAUGCCAAAGCGGCUACAAUCUUGAACAAGAGGACAAACAAGAGUAAAGCUUGUGUGGUUUUUUAUUGUACCAUAUUUAAAGCCAGCAGCAAUCAUUGUUUUUGGAGCGUCAGCAAGCUAUUCAAUUGAAUUUUGGUAUUUGUAAACGAAAGCUGAAUAAUCUGCAGGUUAGUUUAAUGCUCUGCAAAAGCCAAUAAAUGAAAUCUGAAGACAUUUCAGUGUCCUUUCUUAAAACUAGUUUUCUUGUAAGAUCUAGAUUGUGAUCCACAUUUGGUUAAUGCAAGUCUUUACACUGACUUCAGAGUUUUAUAGGGCCAGCCCCAUUGUAGUGCAAUAUAUUUUGUAAAUCGUCUCAAUGAAUGUUCAGACCCGUAUGGAGUUAGAAGCAGCUUCUAAGGUAAAGGUCACCCUAAGCUAAAGAAUGUAAUUUAUAAAUAAUUUUCAAUUGGUUAGGAAACAAAUAUCUGUAAUAAAGCGGGAGCAAAGUAAAUGGAGAGUUAAGUUUUGGGCUGAAAUCUGUGCAUUCUACACAAAACAGAAAAAGAAAAGAACAAAGAUCUAGGCAUCAAAAUAAUCAGUCUACAAGUAAAAUAGGAUGCUUCUUUUUCUGUCCUCAGUCACGGGUCAAGCACUACACAUGUACAAAUAGUUUCAUUUUCCUUGUCAACCAAGCUAGUAUUUUCUGCACUUUGCAACCAUUAUUUUUAUAUUUCUAUUUUAAUUGUGAAACAUUUCAUUUUUGAUCCAAUCCAAGGUCAGCCGCCGUUUUAGGCAAGCUUCCAAUUAAUCCACGGUUGCCUGCCCCAUGUUCUGAAGCAAGCUCCUGCACUGCUGUCUGCCUUUACUGUACAGGGAGUACACAGCUGGGAAAACCUCAGCAGAUGCAGUAUUUCAGGAGUGAGCUCUCUGCUGCUGCUCAGCUUUGAGAAAGGCAGGAUUUCUCUUUGGACCACCCCAUGGGAGGCCUCAUACAAAAAUUAUUCAGAAGGUUGAAAUUUAAAAUUUCGGAAAGCAAAAUAUCUGGGCUUAAUAAUUUAUUUGGUUUUAUAACUUGCUGUUAGAAUGCUAUGUACAUAUUAGAGUUUCUUCUGGUGGGCUCCCAUCCCUCUCCCCUUCCUGUCUUGCUGCUAUCAGAAUAAACUCAUUUUUUUGCAAUACCAAUAGAAAUGUUGUAUGUAUGUGUCUUAAUUAAACUGUUCAUUCUAGGA